GUUUCAUCAUGGGCAUCACGUGGAGCGAAGGUGCUGAGAGGUGUCUCUCUGCCGCUGCAGCGGGAGACACCAAGGAGCUCCUAGACCUCCUGCGCUCAAAAGCGGUGGACUUCAAUGUCCCAGAUAGCCGCGGCAAAACUGCGAUCAUGGAAGCUGCAGACAGGGGCCACGAGGAGUGCUUGUUGCAGUUGAUUCUCCACGGGGCGGAUUUGAACCACCGAGACAACCGUGGCUGGAGCGCUUCGAUGCAUGCGGCCUUUCGUGGCCAUGAGCGAUGUCUGGAGCUGUUGAUCCGCCAUGGAGCCCAUGUGGACUCAGAGGAUUUCUUGGGUACCACACCAUUGAUUCGUGCUGCGAUUUCGGGACAUCUCGGCUGCGUGCGGCUGCUGGUGCAGAAUGGAGCAAGCCUAACCAAGAAGGACAAGUGGGGCCUUGAGGCAGCGGCACAUGCUAGCAGGAAAGGGCAUUUGCCGUGUGCACGGCUGCUGAAUGAAGAACUGGCUUGGGUUUGCUGA